UUUAAACAUUUGCGCUUCGUUGAUACGCAUGGCUAUCUAGGGCCCUAACCAAUAAAGUUGGUCACGUCUUCAGGGUCUUCAUAAAAAAUGUUUGUGUCAAGCAGUAUUCAUGCUAAUCACGCUGAUUUAAUUCAUGAUGUAGCCUAUGAUUUCUAUGGUCGACGCAUGGCAACUUGUAGUAGUGAUCAAAUGAUUAAAAUUUGGGAUUUAAAGGACAAUGAAGAAUGGGUAUGCACUGCUUCAUGGCGAUGUCAUUUAGGAUCAGCAUGGCGUGUUACUUGGGCACAUCCUGAAUUCGGUCAGGUUAUCGCUACCUGUUCAUUCGAUCGUACAAUAGCUGUAUGGGAGGAAAUUGCAGGCACUCAAACUAUAACAAGUGGUGGUGAAAAUGAUGGUGGUACUAAUCAAACUCCUUCAACUGUAACAAACAUUACGUAUGGAAGUCAGUCAGCAAACACUAAUUGGAUAAGACGUGCCUACCUUGUUGAUCCACGUACUUCUGUGACUGGUCUACAAUUCGCUCCAAGGCAUCUAGGUCUUCAGUUAGCUGCUAUUUCUACAGAUGGCAUGUUGCGAAUUUAUGAAGCACUGGAUGUUAUGAAUUUAAGUCAGUGGCGUUUACAGUUUGAUUUCGGUACUAAAAUGGCUGGAUCAUGUUUAGCAUGGUCUCAAUCACGUCUUGAUCCACCUUUAAUUGCUGUUGGCAGCGUUAGUCCUAAUGAUCCAGAUACUGCGGAUAAUUCAGACGGUUUACCAGCACAUCAUUCUAUGUCUCAUUCAACAGCGCAUCCAACAAAUACUCUAGUGAACGGUAAACUUAUCCUUUAUGAAUAUUCUGAAGCUAGAAGGCAUUGGUAUCUUGUGGAAGAUGUGCAUGCGCUGAAUGAUCCUAUUUACGAUGUGUCAUUCGCUCCACAUAUGGGUCAAUCAUAUCAUACAUUAGCUGUUGGAUCUAAAGAAUUGUAUAUAUUAAGAAUUAGACCGUUUAACUCCAAUCAGUCUUCUAGUUCAAUGAUGAAAAAUGAUAAUUCUAGUUCCAAUAAUUUGUCAUUGUCAAGAUCGAAUCUACCUGUACGUAAUCCGUACGAAAUUAGAAUGAUGGCACGUUUCGAUCAUCAUGAAGGACGAGUUUGGCAUGUUUCUUGGAAUGUAACUGGUAAAGUUUAACAAAGUUUAUUAUAGUUAAAAAGAUGUUGAUCAAAGAACCCAACUGAUAAGUUAUAUGAUACUCUUUGAUUGUAUGCAAUUUUUCAGUUUACAAACUGGUGACAAGUAGCUUCAUUAAAAUUUUGCAGCACAUUUUUGCGCUUAUAUUUGUCCACCUUUUCAUUCGUCUAUUUUGUUUGAAAUCUAAGAAUAUUCGUCGAAAUGUGGGUGUUAAUAACAAGUUUGACGUUGGCCCACUGCCUUAAUCAAAUUCUCAAGGAGUAGACCCCCAAUAAAACUACCUGUCUCGGUGUAGCCGCUCAGACAGUAUCCCAGCCUACAUGUAGAUAUGCUCGUAUAGCUCAUUCUAUUUUUGGUGCUCAUUUAUACCAGAUUUUAUGUGAAUUAGAAAAAUCAUACAUAUACAAAUAUCCUAGAAUAGGUCGAAUGUAUAAAUCACUACUCUACAUAAACUUUUGCUAACCUAUCGUCAAUGAAUUCUUACAUGCUUUUUUCGUGGAAAAAACAUUCAUUAGGUUCUUUACUUGCAUCGUCUGGCGAUGAUGGCUGUGUACGACUUUGGCAAGCUAAUUAUCUUGGUGUAUGGCUUCCAGUUUCAGUUAUUAGUCCAGAUGGUAGUCGUUGUGCUACAAUGUCUAAUGGACAAAAUAGUCUAUCAAAUUGUAUACUAAAAUCAUGUUCUUCAGGUCCACUGAAGCCAUCAUCUGUUUCAUCAUCAGCUUCACCUAUUCGUUUAUCGAAUUCCACAACUCAAAUCAAACAAAAUGAACAUGUUAUGGAUCAUACUGAACAAACGUCAAACACUAAUCUACCUAAAGGGUCACUUCAUGGAUGUACAGUUCCAUUUCAGAAAUUAGCUCCAAUUCCAAAUCCAAAUCAACCUGGUGUAUGGCAUUAAAUAAAAUAAAGCUUUAGAUGUGUUAAUUUCAUGUUUUACAUUGUAUAUUUCUUUUUUAUCACUUCUGCUAAAUAGAAUAUCUAUUGUUGUAAUAAUUACAAAAAUGAAUUUAUGAUAACAAGAAUAAAAAUAAAUUACAAUCAUAUUUUGUGUAUAA